AUGCCACACGAAGUAGUACCUCGGCCCGUCCCUAAGAUUCCUAUAACUGUUGAUAAGACUGUGAAAAUCUUGCAUUUCAUGACGUCUCUCGACGUCUCUCCCCGGGAAUUCAUGUAUACCUUUUUCUCAUCCACCGCCGAACACGAGGAAAUAAUCUAUCGCCGUCGCUUGAUGAAGAUAUGCCCAGGACAAAAGCACAACAAAUCAAUUCUUAAGAACUAUGGCAAUCUAAUCAAGACUUCGCCUGAUGGUCAAGUCUUCUGGGAGUCAUUCAUAUUGAAAGAGGCGUCGGAUAUUGUAAAUGCUCAAGAAGUAGAACGUGGAUCUUACCCAAAGGGUGCAUAUGUCAGCUCAAGUCACAUCCCAAUUGACUUUUUCAGCGAGUCCUCAGAGGCCCAACGUACCGAGCAAAUCAAGCAAGGGAUGCCGUUCUUACACUCCCUAAUAUCACAGAAGAUAUUGACCAGUUCUAGUUCGAAUGCCAAGGUGUUGAUGAAAGAUAGCAAGGUUAACAAAGAAAAUGUCGGCAAGAAGGGAGAAACCCCCACUUGUGCUUUACCGCCUGAAAACGAAGAAGUACUGUCAUUAGCUAACUUGGUAGAUAUUAAGUCCACUUGCGCUGAGCUAGCGGAUCAUAAAGCUGAGGUGGUCCCGGUGGCUAUCUGUGCUAUGAUUGCGUAUACUUGCAAUCGUUGUUGUAAUGCCGUUCCUCUGCAGAACGGCCUGAUGGUUCUGGCUGGAGGGGUGUCAUGCCGCGUAAACGAAUAUCUUCAAUGUUUCGGAUUAACCUGUUCUCGCGACUCUGUUCUUGACGCCAUGGAACACAUGCGAUUAUCACAAGAGGAACAACUAAUGCAAGUGUUCAAGGUUAACUCAAAGCUGUUGCCUUUGUUGUGUUUUGACAACAUUGACAUACACCUGCGAAUUCACAAUUCGCGAAUUGACAUGUCCUCGAGGCUUUUCCACGGGACUUGGGGCUUCUAUACCGUGUUCCGUGCCGCCCUCCUCGCCAAUUGCGAAGCUGAAGCCGUAUCUCUAGCUUCUUUUGUGGCCGCGAUGAAAGCUGCUGACCAGGAACCUGUCAAGAUUGAAGAUUUUGCGCCUCGCCCAGAAGAAUCAGCUCAUUUCAAAGCCGUGAUCCAAGCUCAAAUGGCUACCACCCGCAUCGCAAGACUUCAAUUCAAUCAUGCGGUCGAUUCAAAUUGUGCACAAGGCAAAUCUAGUGUUCAUAUUAAGUGA